CGUUUUUUUCUCUUUUUUUUUAAUUAAAUUAUUUCAAGGUUUACAUGUUAUUAUAUAUUUAUGUAAUUUCUCUAUUGAUCCCUAAAAUAAUUUAUAAAUAUAUAAUAUAUAUUUUGUUAUUAUUUAAUUUACAAAUUUGGAGUAAAAAAAAAUAUUAUUUUUUUGACAGUGUACAUGUGUCUUUAUUAUGACGGCCAUUUUUAAAGCUUUGGCAAUGUUUAAAAAACACUUUUAAAAUUAAUUGAAAUAAUUCUAAAUAUUAUUCAUUAUUAAUUACAUAAAUUAUUAUUAAACAUUAAAAUAUAUACUUAUAUAUUUUGACUUGAUUUAUAUAUUUUUAUAUUUGUUGACAAUUGUCAAUGCACAUUAAUCAUAAGAUUUAUUUCAUCAACUAUUUAUCUAGAAAAUAUUUGUCUUGUUGUUUUUUUUGUAGUUGCAUAUCAUGAUUGAUCAUCUUGAUUAUCUGAUUGAACAGGAUACUUGUAUAUUUGAUAUUGUUGAUGAUUAAAAUUGAUCAAAAAAUUUGCAAGUAAACAAAAAUGACCUUGACGUUUAAAAAAAAAAAUAAACAUUAUUAAGUCUUUUGUACACUGUCAAAUUAUUUUAUGAAUUAUUUUUUUAAAUAAUACAAAUAAUAAGUAAAUAUAAUAAUAAAGUACAAUAAAAACAAUUAAUUUUAAUAAAAAUGAAAUAAUUAUAAUAGUACAUUUUUAAAUCAACAAAAGUGCUGAGAGUUUUUUAAUAUCAACAAGUGUUUUUCUAAUCUUUCAGUAUUUAUUUUUUCGAAGACAUGUUUACAAGUGUGUGUUUAUAUAUGAAUAACAACAACACAAUAGAUAAAUAGACAAAUAAAUUGAGAAAAAAACUUUCAAUCAGCUCAAGAAGACUGAAGAAGACAUCUAGUCUUCAAUUUUCAUUAAUUAGCUUGAAAAAAAAGCAUAUGUAAACUGUUUUUUUUUUUUUUUUUGUUUUGACUAUGCAUUCAAGUAGUGCAUUAUAUUGAACAACUAUAGGAUAUAGCUUCAUCUCUAAAAAUGAAUUUUGAUUAAUACAACAACAACAAUAAUUAGUGGCUGUGUUUAAUAAUAGAAUGAAAAUAAUUCAAGUGUUUUUAAAUAAUCUACGACUUAAAUUUUAAACAACAAUAGAAUUAUCAUAAUAAUUAACUUGAUAAUUUUAUAUUUUUUUAACAGUGACAAUUUAAUAUUGUGAUAAUAAAUAUUUAAGUAAAUUUUGUGGUAUUAAUAAUUUAUAAAGCAAUGGAGUUGACAAAAGAAGAAGAAAGCCAACAAUCAGCUCAUUCAAGUACAAAAAAAGAUGAUACUGUUGGAGUGACAGUACCAGAGGUAAAAACAAGUGAUGUUAAAAUACCACAAGCUAAAGUUGUCAGAGGAAAUAAAAGAAUGCGUAUUGAUCCAGGUGAAUCAUCUCAAACAUCUGAUAAAAAAGAUGGUAAAGAUGAUGAUAAUGAUACAAAAGUAAAUCGUGCAUUAAAACGUUCAUGUGAAUUAUGGACACAAGAAGAUAUUAGUACAUUUUUUAAAGCAAUUAAUGAAUUUGGUAAAGAUUUUGAUGCAGUUCAAACAUAUUUUAAUAUACAAGGUAAAAAAAAAGGUUCACAAGAUAAUAUGAUUAAAAAUAAAGAACAAAUACGUCAUUUUUAUCAUCGUACAUGGCUUAAAAUAUCAAAACAUUUAAAAUUUUCUGAUGAUGUUAAAAAAGCAUCACAAGAAAUAUAUGGUUUAAUAAAUUAUGGUGAAUUACGUAGAAAAUGUUUACGUGUACAUGAAAAAGAAUUAUUAAAAUUAAAUGAAUUAAUAUAUUGGGGUUCAACACAAGUACGUUUACGUGGUAAAACAAUUAGAAUUAAAACACCAAUAUGUCGUGCACUUAGAAAAUUAAAUCAACUUGAAGAUUGGCAAGAAGAAGUUAAAUUACCAUCACGUGUUACUGUUGAAUUACGUCCUGGUAAUAAUUCAACUUGGUGGCAAGUACAAUCAAAUGCAAUGAAUCCAAGAGUACGUACAUUAUUACCAAUUCAACGUAGAUUAUCAAGUAUACUUAUAUUUUUACAACAACGUUGGAGACCAAUUAAAUAUCAAUCAUGGAUUGAAACAGAUAUACCUGAAUUUAAAAAUUUUAAAGAUAAAAGAUUAUUACGUGUUGCACCAAUGAUUGGAUGUAAAAUUGCUUUACCAGUUGUUAAUCUUGGUGAAUAUUUAACAAGUUAUAGUGUUAGUUUUAAUUCAUAUGAAAAACGUUUAAAUUUAAAAACAUCAAAAAAUGAAUUACUUGGUGCUGUACAACAUCUUAAAAGUGUUGGUAAAAAAUCAAUUAAAAAAAAAUGUGAAAAAAAAUUAGUUAAUAGAUUUAUUGAUGAUGCUACAAAUACAGAUAAUAAUAGUGAUCUUGAUGCUAUUGAACAACAAAAUCAAAAUAUUGAAAAAAAUUUAUAUACAAAUCAUUUUGAUAAUAAUAUAACAACUGAAACAAAUAGAUUUCCUGGUAGAGAAACUAUUGAUAGAAUAAAAAAAGGUUGGAAUAUGGAUGAAGCAAAUUCAAUAACUGUUGGUGAUUUAUUUUUAAUGUUUGGUAAAGAUUCAAAAAUAGUAUUAGAAUAUUGGUGGGAUGAUAUUAAAGUUGAUGAUUCUCAUACUAAAACAGAUGAUAAUAAUACUGGUUGUAUAUUAAAAGAUCUAUUAUCAAUUGCAAAAAAUUAUGGUAGUAAAGCUUAUGAUAUACCAAGUAGUAAUGAGACAGUUGUAUCAUCACGUAUAUAUUCAACAAAAGAAUCAGCAUUUAGAAGACCAAUGAUACCAACAAUUUAUCAAAAAACAAAUACUCAAGAAGCCUUUCAAUCACAAUUAGAUAAAUUUAAAACAAGAUUUACAAAAUGUGGACGUCAAAUUAAACAAAGAAAUCUUAUUGUUCAAAGACCAAGUCCAUUGCCAAGUGUUCCUUCUCCUCUUCCUCCUCCUGUUCCUCCUGUUCCUUUAAUACAAGAAACAAUUAUACCAGAUAAUCCUGUACAAUUAUUAAAUGAGAAUUAUAAAGAAGAGGAUAAUAAAAUGCAAGUUGAUUCAAAUCUUCCAAAUGAUGAAAUUUUCAUGAUUAAUCUUGGUACUGAAAAUGCUAAUCAAUCAAAUUCUAUUAUAACAAGUGCAAGUGUAACGCAAAUUCUCAAAGAAGGUGAAGGACAAUGGCUCAAUAGUGAGGUUGCUGAUUAUUCUUUAAGCAGUUUUCUUGGUACAUUUGAAUCACCAAUCAAAGGAUCACCAAGAAGCAAUGCAGGAAGCCAGGUCAAUGACAAUCAACCAUCAUCAUCAUCAUCAGAUGUUGUCAGUCAAAUGCAGUGUUUAAUGGGCGAGAGUAGUGUAGAUUACAUGGCACAAUUUGCAAAUUUAGCAUCACAAAUUGCUUCGGAUGAGUAAAAAAAUAAAUAAGUAAAUAAAUAAUACUGUAAUAUUGUAAAAAAUAUAUUUAUUUAAUAUUGGAUCAAAGGUCUGUUAUUAUAAUUAAUUUUAAUCUUUUUCUACAAUUUUAUAACACAUCAUUUGCAACAGGAUUCGCUAUAUAAUAAAAAAUAAUUAUUUUCAACAAUUAAUAAUAAUCAAGACCUUGAAUUAUUAUAAUAGUAUCAUAAUUAAUUUUUAAUCUUAAAAAUUGCUUCAAAAAAUGAAUAAUAUUUUUUUAAUAAUAACCAAAAUUAUUUAUAUACUUUUUUUUAAAUAUUCUAAUAUAUAUGAUUUUUCAAGUUCAAGAAAUUAACUCAACGAACCGAUAAAUUAUUGUCUUCAUAUCUGCCGGUCAUUUGUAUUCUCAGAAUCAGUAAAAAAUGAAGAAAAAAAUAUUAAUAAAUAAUAACUGAAAUAAAAAAAAAAAAUGGUAAAGAUU